AUGGAGGUGAGCUGGGCACUGCUGGCGAUAACCCUGCUGCAGGGGUUCAGCCGUAUCAUGGGGGGGCAGGAUGCCAAGAAGGGUAACUGGCCCUGGCAGGUCAGUGUGCAGGAAGAUGGAGCCCACAUCUGUGGAGGAUCCCUCAUCUCAGCCCAGUGGGUGGUGUCAGCGGCUCACUGCUUCAAUCGGUCUCUCCCUGACUCCGCCUAUCGCAUGAACCUCGGGGAGUACCAGCUCUCCAACCCCUCCCCCACCCGGAUCUCGUCCCCCGUGAGUCGCAUCGUCGUCCACCCCGACUACAACGAGAGCACGAACAUCGCCGACAUCGCCCUGGUGCAGCUGACAGAACCUGUCACCUUCACGGACGAAAUCCGCCCCAUCUCCCUGCCGGGCCCCUCCACCCAGUUCCCAGCAGGGGCAGUGUGCUGGGUCACUGGGUGGGGCCGCACUGGGUCAGAGUGUGAAGAUACGCUUUCGCUGCCCCAGACACUCCAGGAGGUGCAGGUUCCUCUCGUCGAUGUGUCGACCUGCAGAGAACACUAUGGGGAAUGCAGCCUUGGGAUCGAAGAGGACAUGCUGUGCGCUGGGUCCCUAGGAGUCAGUCGCGAUAGCUGCGAGGGAGACUCUGGGGGGCCGCUGGUCUGUCCAAGGAAUGGCAACUUCCUCUUGGCUGGGAUCGUCAGCUGGGGGGCUAACUGCACGGACUCCUCAACCCCCAGUCCCGGGGUGUACAUCCAGGUCUCGUUCUAUGCCAACUGGAUCCAGGAGGUCACUGGUGGCGCCAACCCUUCCGCCUUCUCUCCUGUCAUACCGCUGCUUGCUGGGCUCCUCCUGACAGCCCUGUGA